GCCGCGGGUCGCGGGGUCGGCCGGGACGGUCUUCUGCUGCUGUUCUGAGUGCUGCUUUAACAGUGAGCGGAGAGCGGGGCAGUGCGUGACCACGUUCAGAGUCCGCUUGGCAGCGGCGUGGCCGAACGCCGGCGGUGGUUGUCCCGGAGCGCCUCCGCCUGCACCGCGACCUCGGCAGCCGCUGCCGGAGCGCCACGCGUUGCGUGCUGGCCGCACAGCGCUCGGGAGGACCUCCGCGGUCAGGGGAAUUUUGUGCCGUCUUGGGGUGCGGUUUGUUCUGAGUCCAGUCAGCUGCUUGAGAAGAGGUGGUUUCGUGUCUUUCUUCCAAAGGUGUACGAUAAGGCGUGCAGUCGGCACACCGCUAUUUUCGUUUAUCUCCAGGAUGGCCGCGGCAGCCGCAAGGGGUGCGAUGAGGGCGGUCCGGGUGUUUGAGUUCGGGGGCCCCGAGGUGCUGAGGCUGCAGGCAGAUGUCCCCAUCCCCUCUCCGGAGGACGCUCAGGUGUUGAUUAAGGUCCACGCCUGCGGGGUAAACCCUGUGGAGACCUACAUCCGUUCUGGGAACUACGCGAGAAAACCGGCCUUGCCUUACACGCCCGGCUCCGACGUGGCUGGUGUGAUUGAGGGUGUUGGGGGACGCGUGACUGCAUUCAAGAAAGGUGACAGGGUUUUUACCUCUGCUACGCUCUCUGGAGGAUAUGCAGAUUAUGCAGUUGCUGAAGCUGAUACAGUCUUUCCUUUGUCGGACAAGUUGAGUUUCAGUCAAGGAGCAGCGAUUGCAAUACCCUACUUCACUGCUUACCGUGCUCUUUUCCUAAAAGGGCAUGCCAAAGCAGGGGAAAGCGUGCUAAUUCAUGGUGCAAGUGGAGGCGUGGGAAUAGCAGCAUGUCAGAUUGCCAGAGCUUAUGGCUUGAAGGUUUUGGGCACAGCGGGAACCGAGCAGGGUAUGAACGUUGUUCUGAGAAAUGGUGCUCACCAAGCAUUUAAUCACAGAGAAGCUAACUAUCUUGACAAAAUUAUGGAAUAUACCAAGAUGCAAGGAGUUAAUAUAAUAAUAGAAAUGCUCUCCAAUGUCAAUCUGGCUGCUGACCUGCAUCUGCUGUCCCAUGCAGGAAGGGUGAUGGUUGUCGGCUGCAGAGGUCCCAUUGAGAUAAAUCCCAGAGACACCAUGAACAAAGAGUCCAGCAUAAGAGGAGUUAGUCUGUUUCUUCAGACUGAGGAGGAGAGACGUGAAUGUGUGAGGGCAGUCCUUGAUGGCAUAGAGUCUGGCUGGCUGAAACCAGUGGUAGGCCCUGAGUACCCACUGCAGGAAGUAGCUAAGGCUCAUGAGGACAUUAUUCACAGCAGUGGUGCUCGAGGAAAGAUGGUACUCUUGCCAUAAAGUGUUUCUCCACUUACUUUAUAGCUGCUCUAACUGCACCUUUGCUUACGUGAUUCAUUGAAUAUUUUUCUAUAAAAUGCAUUUCUAAUCAGGUUUUGAGUAGAACAGCAAGUGCUAGCUUACAUUAAUUGAUUACCUUGAUUCAUUAGCAAUGUUUUCUUUUUGUACAAAAGCAAAAUUUGUGGUGGUACUUGUAACUUUUUUUGGCUGAUGUGGAAAUAAUAACUUUACUGAUUUGACACUGUGAUGGAAAACUGGCGUUGGGGAAUAUGGUAUCUCAGCUGGAAUGUGAUAUAAAGUAUUACCUGAAGCUAUUCUGAGGGCACUGGGAAUCUGUAAGCAGUGCAGAAUGAAACCUGCUUUGUGAGCAGAUGGACAAAGGUAUGAAAUCACUGAUACACAUAUAACUAGGGCUGUAAAUUCAUUAGCCACAAAAUUUGUUUCCUUCAUCUUUUGUCACAGAAUUUACUUGGAAUCAAAGCUCUUUUUGUCAGGAUAGUUCACUUUCUAGCUCAGAAAAUGGCUAAAGAAUCUCUCAAAUAUGAAUUAUUUGGAAGCAGAGGCAGUUUUGUUUUGCUGUGCCUGACUUAGUGCAUGAGCUGACGGCACCCCAGUUAAUGCCAAGAGCAGGAACUGAAGCUGCAUGCAGCAUAUUUGCUGCUUUGCAACCCACUGUACUGGCAGAAGCAGUUGAUUUCUUGGUACGUGGCUGUCUGGGAGCAACCUCAGGUCUUCCUGUGACCUAUGUUAAGUUUAAAGUUACAUGAACCCUUGUCUGUAAUGAGGAGAAACACGGGUCUGUGCUGCUUUCAUGGGUAACUGGAAUUCAUGCUAUUUCAGGACGGGAUGUGUAUGUAUUAUUGGCUUGUUACAAAUACAGCAAUCCAAACCCAA